GUAUGCUCGCAAUUGUCUGUUAACAACAAUGGGUUUCAACCAAGUGGGGCUUAGUGCACUGCUGCUAUUUGCAGUUGGGCUGUCAACAGCACAGUUGGUGAGCUUGGGGGAUCUUCAGGCUCCUGCUGGACUUCAACCUAACAAGCCAGGGCAGUCUUCACUGCAAAUGAGUGCUGGGUUUCCUUCUCAAUGGAUGCAAAGUCCUUCCCAAGCUCGAAGCCCUGCAGUAGCCCCACUUGGACUGCGGCUUCAAGAUCCUUCAGAUGCUCAAGACCAGCAAGUAAUGCAGAGACCAGUGAAGAAACUGACUUGGCGUUUUCCGGCAGCACCACAAAUCCCGACGCCCCCAACACCUGUGCACUUUGUAAGGCAGUCUGAUCCUGUUCUUACCCAGGGUAUUGCAGCAAGGUGUAAUGAGACUGCAGUGUAUGUAGAGGUGAGGAAAGACCUGUUUGGAGCUGGUCCAACCCUCAACAUUGCUGCUUUCACACUGGGAGGCUGUGCCGCUAAAGGAGUGGAUGCGUCUUCUCAAGUCCUUAUCUAUGAAUCGGCACUGCAUGGUUGCAACAGCAAGUUGACAGUGACUGCAAAUGAGCUGGUCUAUAUCUUCACCCUUGGUCUUGCUUCAGUGCCUUUAAGUGGUACUCCUAUUCUAAGAAGAGCUGGUGCUAGGGUUUUCAUUGAGUGUCACUACCCAAGACUCCACAAUGUGAGUAGCAGUGCCAUCAUGCCUGCUUGGAUGCCGUAUGCUUCUGCCCAAGCUGCUGAGGAGCUUCUUGUCUUCUCCUUGAGGCUCAUGAUGGAUGACUGGAUAUCUGAAAGGCCAUCCAACCAGUACUACCUGGGCGAGCUUAUAAAUAUUGAGGCCUCAGUACUGCAGUUCCACCACGUGCCCCUGCGUGUCCUUGUGGACAGCUGUGUGGCCACUGCUGUGCCUGAUGUAAAUGCGGUCCCCAGAUAUUCCUUCAUUGAGAACUAUGGGUGCUUGCUUGAUGCCAAGCUUACACAGUCCGGUUCCCACUUCAUGCCCCAGACUCAAGCAGCUAAGCUGGGAUUUCAGAUUGAAGCCUUCAGGUUUCAGCAAGGGAACAGUAGCUUGGUCUACAUUGCGUGCAUCUUGAAGGCAACAGCAGCAUCUGCCCCUGCUGACGCUGAGCACAAGGCUUGUUCUUUCUCUGACAACAGAUGGACUGCUGCAUAUGGUGCUGACCAGGUGUGCGGCUGUUGCAGCAGCAGCUGUGCCUUGAGGAAGGGACGUGCCUUGAGGAAGGGACGUGCCUUGAGGAAGGGACGUGCCUUGAGGAAGGGACGUGCCUUGAGGAAGGGACGUGCCUUGAGGAAGGGACGUGACCUAUCAUCAGAGCAAGGCCUGCAGUUAGUGAAAGAAGUAAGCCUUGGCCCAAUCAUGGUCCUGGAAAAUGAUUGGUAGUCUAAUGACUUUCUGAUCUUUACCUUAAUAAAUGGUUAAAAUGGGAAA